AUCGCUGCAACAGCUCCGCUCACGAAAACGUUUCGGACGGGACAAGCGACUGAAGCGACCACGUAAAUGAAAGAAGCACUCGGUUACCGUAUUUGGGUGCGCUAAAACAUACCCCACAGCGAACAUCUAAGGUGUUGGAGUUCUUCCAGCAACGUUAUGUCAGACGGACAUCCGCUGCGUUUCGAGGGACUCACGCAUCAUAGACAGAAACCGCAUAUAAGCCUCAGUGGUAUCCAGUCUUUUCCUCAGAAAUAUCCCCCCAGUCGUUCCUCAGUCGUCUCGGUCUGGUAUCGAACGUCACUCGCAGUGUCUUCUGUACCACCGACAGUUCGUUCUUUAUCAUAUCCUCGCUCUCGUUUUACACAAUGUUGUUCACCGUAACUCCUGCUGUCCUGGCUGCUGUAGCCGUGGGUCUCGACUUUGCGUAUGCUGCCCCCGUCGCGGGACACCCUGCACUUGGCCUCGUUGCUCGCAACAUAGCUUCGAAGUCCGCUGAUGUCGUGCUAAAGAGCGAAUCACCACCGACGGCAACCUCUUUCUCCAUCUCUCCCUCUGAGACGUCCGAGAUCGCUUCCGCGGUGUCUUCCGUCUCGCCCUCUCUUCCUUCAUCUUCAGUGAUCGCCAACGCGUCAUCUGUAGUAGUCUCAGCCACCCGUGCUCCAGUGGCGGUAGUGUCGAGCGUGUCUUCGCAAGCCUCGUCAAGCGCUGUUCCAAUUAGUAGCGCUACCCCGCAGUUCCAGACCCGUGACGAGGGUCUAGUGUCGGGUGUCGUGGACACUGUAGGGGAAGUCACUGGGCCAGUGUUAUCUGCUGCUGGCGGUGUUGUGGGCGGCGUUGCCUCCACUGUUGACGAUGUCACUGGCCUCCGUGCCCGAGGCGAUAGUCCUGUUGCUCCUGUGACUGACGUCGUCAACGGUGUCGUUAGCACAGUAGAGGGCAUUGCUGCUCCUGUUGUCUCGACUGUGGAGGGUGCAACUGGGCUUCAAGUUCGGGACGACGGCCUCCUGGCUCCCGUUACGAACGUCGUAGAUGGUGUCGUCAACACUGUCGAGGGUGUUGCUUCCCCGAUAGUCUCGACUGUGGAGGGGGCAACUGGUCUCGGCGCAAGAGGUGACAGCCCCUUGGCACCGGUGACGAACGUCGUUAAUGGCGUAGUUAAGACCGUUGAGGGUGUGGCUGCUCCUGUGGUUAACACUGUAGAGGGUACGACUGGACUGCAGGUUCGCCAGGCUAACACUACGGAGUCUACGGACCCCAUUUCUGGCGUCGUCGACGGUGUUGUUGGAACUGUUGAAGGCGUGGCGGCACCUGUAGUUUCAGCAGUCGGUGGUGUAGUUGGCGGUGUGGUUAGCACCGUAGAGGGCGUCGCUGGAUCGGCACUCUCAGGUACUGUUAAGCGAGACGAUGCGGAUGGGUUCUGUGACUGAGCGGCGGCGCUGCGCGUCUAUACCCCUUGUAUCGUCUGUAAGAUACCCGUAACUCGCUAUAAUGCGUAGAUCCCCUUCAUUUGGCCGAUGAUCAGAUGAUGUUUGACCUCUAAUCUAGUAAAUUGACUUCUUG